AUGCCCCUCAACUCCCGAGCUGUCUACUCCCGGCAGAACCCCGACUUCGCACCCUUUGCGAGUCGGAGAAGCACCGUCCACAGCACAAAUGGUAUCGUCACUUGUACACAGCCUCUUGCGGCGGCCGCAGGACAGAAGAUCUUGAAUGAAGGUGGAAAUGCAGCGGACGCGGCAGUCGCCGUUGCUGCGGCACUAAACGUCACAGAGCCCUCAUCCACGGGAAUUGGAGGUGACUGCUUCGCCUUGUAUUAUGAUGCCGAGACGAAGAAGAUCCAUUCUCUCAACGGCUCUGGUCGAUAUCCUGCAAACGUGACGCUUGAGAAGAUUCGCGCGGAUCUCAAGGCUGGUCCUGAUGAUGUUGGCGGUAUCCCCAUGCACAGUGUCCUUGCGGUCACAGUCCCCGGCGCAGCUGCAGGGUGGGUAGACACGGUAAAUAAGUUUGGCAGUGGGAAGGUCUCUCUAGAGCAGAUUCUCGCUCCGGCGAUUGAGCUUGCAGAGGAGGGAUUUCCUGUCUCCGAGCUGUCUGGAUACUUCGUAAGUACCUACGUCACGAGAGAAGCAUUUAUAUUAACGGCCUACAGUGGCAUGAAAGCGAAUCCCUCCUCCGCAAAGCCUCACCCAACUUCCGCGAGAUUCUCAAGAAAGACCCCAAAGCUGUAG